UUAUAAGAAACGUAUGUACAUACAUAUAUAACAUGAGAAUAAGUUUAAAUAAAUAUGCAGUACUUUCGGACGCGCGAUCGACGUCAAGCCUGUGUCAAUAUCGGCGUGAGAAUUCCUUCGUUUGUAUACUCGGCUAGUCUUCGGCCUACUUCCGGUCGUCCCUGGAACGGAAGGUCGUCCACUUUACGCAGACCAAUGACCGUUUCUUAACACUUGGAGAUACAUUGUGAAAUUAUGGACGUUCGACAAGUAACAGUGACUUCCGUUUCACGAUGAGACGCUUGCUUUUAAUUGCGGCGCUUGGCGCGAUUUUUCUGAAAGAAUCAUUUGGUAAACCGACGGAAACAGUGGCGAAUUCUGAUGUGGUGGAUCCCGUUGCCUUGACUGUGAACAAUACCUCCGAAAUCGAGGCCACAAGAGAGCAAAGAUCGCCGCAAUUCGGUUUAUUAGGUGGUUACAGUGAUUAUUAUGAUUACAAUGAUGAUGCGCGUUCCUUCCGUUACGGAAACAGGCGAAAACAUUACUAUAGCCACCAUAAGCCACACGGUUUUAUCGGAGGACAUGGAUGUCGUGGUUAUGGCUGUGGAGGAGGGUACGUGUAGAAUAUUAUUUUACUUAGCACACAGAAAAAAAGUGUCAAAUCAACACUGAUA